UCAACGCUGGGGAUGAUUGCACAAUCUCACAUCAUAUUUUCGGAGGCUGGCAUACCCACCCACCCACUCACCUCUCUGCUGAGAUUCCCUGGAAGGGGGCACAGAAUGGAGCGCCCUCAAACUCAAUAGGAGCCGUGAGCCUGCAACUCCAAGGAGCAGAAGAUAUUUUGUGCUACUCAAACUUUGGUAUUUGUUUACCUGCAAGAAAUUUCUCCAAGCCGGCCAUCCCAUAAGAGACCUCUGCAAACUGAUAUGGAGUCUGGGCAAGAAAGCUGGAGGGAUAACCCGGUGCAAACGGUCCCUGUUGGAGCAGAGAUCGAAGGAACAGACUUUUUGGAAGAGUACAGGAAGAUUUUCCAAGAUGAUUUUGGUGACUUAGGUUCCUGGUUUCUACCUGAAAAUGAGGUGGAGCAGCAGCUGCCAAGCUGGACUGGUGGAAGUUACCUGGCUGAACUGGAGGGUUUUGAAAAGACAGUGCCAAUCCACGAAUCCCUUGGCUUGAAAGGCUUUCCUGAGUACACCAAGACCAUUGUGGAAUUGAAGCAGGUUUCUUCCGAUCCAGAUUACAGAGAACCAUACCAUGGUGCUUCAAGAAUGGUGCUCCAACAAGACAGUGUCCCCCACAGCCUCGAGGGUUCCAGUUGCCCCCCGGCUCUGCCUCAGCCUUGGUUUGUUCUAUAUCCUGAUUCUCCUGGAGAACAGGUGUCUUCUGCUCAGCUUCCUCUUGGAGAUCAGCAAGAACAGCAGAAGGAAGAACAUUGGAUCGAGUCCCUUGGCCCCGAUUCAGGCAGCCAAUCCAGUGCCUUGGACAGCGAUUCUUGCCAUUGCGAUUCACCAAUCAGGAGCCAGAAAAAAAGGGAACGCAGAGACCAGGCGGAUAGCAAGAACCCCAAUGCUUUACCUAGAGAUCGGACAGGGGCCGGACCCAUUCAAUUAUGGCGCUUUCUGCUGGAGCUCCUGCAAGAUGGCUCCUGCCAAGCCCUUAUCCGCUGGACAGGGAAUGACUGGGAAUUCAAACUCUGUGACCCACACGAGGUGGCCAGGCGCUGGGGCAAACGGAAGAACAAACCCCGCAUGACGUACGAGAAACUGAGUCGGGGGCUACGCUACUAUUACCACAAGAACAUCAUUCACAAGACCAGCGGGCAGCGCUACGUCUACCGCUUCGUUUGCGACAUCCAGGGCCUGCUGGCCGAAUUGGAUAAGAAAUUGCAGAUUUAGCCCGCGACAACCAUCUUAAAAAGAGAACCUUUUCUUCAUUCCUUACGCACCAAAACUUCAGAAG